AUGGCCAACAUCACAGGCAUCAACCUUUGCCCUGCUCCAUUCUACGAUGCGAGUCUCUUUGGUGACAGUGGAGGGUACAUCAGUGGCCGACUCUGCCAGACGAUUGCCGGCUCGGUUCAAUGCUGCUUACCCUGCCCCAUGACGGAUUGGGUAUACCCAGACAGCUUCACUACCAUUGGCACCGUAGCCAACUGGAUCGCAACCGCCAGUGUCAUCUGCUGUGUUUUCCUGCUGGCUUCAUGGGCAGCGUUGCCGGUGGACAAGACGAACCGGCACUACCUGAGCAUCUGCUUUACAAUUGGCAUCCUCAUCAUGAAUCUGGGUUUCGUCAUUCCGCUCGCGGCUGAGCCGGACCAAUGCUUUGAUGCCAUCACUCCCAACGACAUGCACACGUUGAGCGUCUGCGGAGCGUCUGGUGCGAUGCUGAUCCUAGGAGGCUGGUGCGGCGUCAUGUGGGCGUUUCUUCGCUCUCUGUCCCUCCAUCUCCAGAUCUGCUGGCAGGUUCUCGUCGGCCGCAACUUCAUGAUUUUCGCCCAGGCUGCUGGCUGGGGCAUCCCUGCCAUUGGCAUCAUCCUCGCUCUGGUCUUCAGUGGCGUCUCUUUCCGGUUCGGUGCAACAUGCCACAUCAACCACAAGAACAGUCUGGCAGAUCUCUGGAUCCCACUCCUCAUCUUUGCCAGCAUUACCGUGGUGACGACGUUCGUUACCUUUGGCUACUGCAUCAAAGUCUACCUGGCCUCGCUCAACGACAACUCCGCAUCGACCGAGGGAUCCAACCUCCCGACUUACACAAACAGCGUCAUCACCAUGUCUCCGCGCCAAGCUUACCGCCGAGUCCGACGAGUCAUUGCACUUCAGUGGAGGGGCAUUGCCAUUGUCCUCAUCAUCAUUGCCGACGUCAUUUUCUUCUCCGUCGUCUUCGUCUUCCAGGACAACAUUGUCCAAUCCAUUGCCGACGACCCCAAGGUGGCCCAGAACUGGAUCGUCUGCCUUAUCGGGGCCCAGGGCGACAAGACAAAGUGUCUGAAUGAAGCCGGCUCCCUCGUCGUCAGUGAAGCGACAGUGUCCGCCGUUCUCGUCCUGCUUUCUCUGAACGGCAUCUGGAUCCUCUUUCUCCUUGGCCGAUGGACCAUGGUCACCGGCUGGAUUGAUUUGGUAAAGUCUCCGUUCAAUAGCAGGAAGAAGGAAUUCGUAUCGGUGGAUGCCCGAUAUCAAAGCCAGAAAGACACACGUUCGUACGAGAUGCUCUCCAGAGAUACGAGCGCCGCGGUAACACCACUUGAUCCAGUGAAAUCCUCUGCGGGCCCCCAAGCCCCCGACUACUUUGGCGACACCGCCAGGUAUCACGCGCCAGCGCGAUCGUACUCGAACCCGCGGCCGCCGCACAGCUCCCUGCCCGAGUGGGAUGCGCAGAAGACAUACGCCGCCCCGCAAGGCCGCGAUAUGAACCCCUUGGGGAUGAAUCGCAUAUAA